GGCCGGCGGGCAUGGAGGGGCGGCACGCGCCCGCCGCGCCAGCUCGCCGGAGCGACCAGUCAGUUGUCACACGACAGCCGAGCGAGAAAGACGCGGCCUAAACGACCAGCGUGUUCUCAAAACUUUACGCGACUAACAACUGCAGUAUACAAAAACAUUUGACUGAGAGUGUUCAGUUGCAAGUUAAAGUGUUGUGAUAGUGAUGACAUUGUCUCGGAAUUAUCGGUUCUCAUGUCUCCUAGACAAGCUUUGAUGUCAGGGAUGGAUGUGAGAGACCGACUAGUGGAGGAGAUUAUACUCCUAGCGCUGUUCCUGGUGUCUACUGCGGCCAAUUCGUUGGCUUUACUUGUUUUCUGCCGUCGACCGGGACUAAGGACUAUAUCAAAUCGGUUCGUCAUCAAUUUGCUUGCGACGAAUCUUUUGACGACCUCCCUGCUGGCGCCCGCGCUGUUUGGCGAGCACUCGGCGAGGGAGGACUACACACGGUCUUGGGUGGAGGCCGGAGACGCAGCGGCGGCGGCGUGCAGCCUGGCUUCGCUGCUGUCCAUCAUGCUUAUCUCGCUGGAUCAGCACCACGCCGUGACGGACCCGCUCCGCUGCCACACCCGGCUGCUGCAGCGCCGGCCGGCCGCGCUCUGCGCCGGCACCUGGCUAGCGGCCGCGCUCGCCGCAGCCAUGCGCGCUGCCAUCGCCAUCGUGCGCCACUACUACCCGCUCGAGCCCAUCGUGCAAGGAGUCGAGCUGGCCUACUACAUCGUGUACUUAAUACUAGGAGUUAUUACACCCAUCGGCAUUGUAUGCUUCAUGUACGCGAGGAUCUACCGCGCGGCGCGCUCCUCCGGACUGCGAGCGCGAGCGCACGGCGCCAGCGCACUGCAGCUACAUGAGCCUCCCACGAUCCUACCCGAUCUAGCGGAGGAGGGAGAGGGACUAACCCUCAAGAUUGACGGGCCCGAGUGCUCCGUAACUGUGGAAAAUGACAGGAAGUUUGGGCCAUUCCUACUACCGCCUGAACGACCAGUACGUUGCCCAUCGGUUGCCAGUUUACGCAAUUCCCGUAAGGAAGGAAAGUCUAACGAGGAUCUGAGGAAAGGGCUGCCGGCUGUGAGCUCGGCGCCUUCACUAGCUGCUCCCCUGCUAGCUGUGCAACAGCGCACGCCGCAGCCUAGUCAUAAUGGAUCCAGAAUCACAUCAAUCAGGUGCCGCAUAUCAAAUGCGUCGCUAUUUAGAUAUAGAGAAGAAUCUCGAGCAGCCCGAGUGGGCUUGCUGACAGGUGCCCUGGUGAUGCUGCACAUACCGCACGCCGUCGCGGCGGUGGUGUCGGCGGCGGCGCCGGGGCUGGCGGACUGCGCGCGCACUCCCUCGCUGGCGCUGCUACUGCUGGCGUCAGCAUUGUCACCGUUCCUAUUCGCACUGCGCUCUCGGCGCGUGCAGAGAGAGGCGCGCCGGCUGCUCCUGCCAGAGAAGAGCGCGUGGGAGAGAGCGUCGGGCGUGGCGUCGGCAGCGGCGGCGGACGGGCAGCGCGCGCGCGCGGCGCUGGAGCUGCUGCGCACGCUGUCGCCGGGCAGCGCGCCGGAGGCGGGCGCCGGCGGCGAGCAGUGCCGCAGCUCGUUCAGCUCGGGCGGCAGCACGCAGCUGUCGUCGGCGUCGGACGAGUGACCGGCGCCCCGCGCGCCCGCGCCCCUCAGCUCGCGGGUGCGCUUCGCCCCGCGUCCCACCGCUCUACUCAUCUGUGAUACUAGGCUAAGCCGCAACGCGCUCGGCGCGACCGUUAGACUGAUUUAGUAUUAAGUUAAUUUAUUGUGUCCAUAUGUACCUUUCCGCUGAGCGGAGCCAAUUUUUAUUACCUGAUAAUAUGUAAGAAAAUAAAAUCGUAUUGAAGUGAAA